CUCUGCAGCCCAGUUUGGGUUUUGGUUCUCACCACGUUCUGGGAGAAUUUUUUUUUCCUCCCGCACCAGUGAGUAGGGCGAGAUGAGCAGCCCCCGCCGCCGCCACUGCCGCCGCUCGCCGGCGGCGUCCCCGCUGGAGGACGACGACCUGCUCUCCGAGAUCCUGCUCCGCCUCCCCCCGCAGCCCUCCGCCCUCCCGCGCGCAUCGGCCGUCUGCAAGCGCUGGCGCGGCCUCGUCUGCGACCCCCGAUUCCGGCGCCGCUUCCGCCUCCGCCACCGCCGCUUCCGCCUCCGCCACCGCCGCAACCCUCCUCUCCUCGGCUUCUUCAACCGAUUCGAUCGCCUCUCCUUCCAGCCCACUCUGGACGCCCCCGACCGUCUUCCUCUCGGGCCCUUCCCCUUCCAGCGCGAUGACGGCGACUACUUCGUCUCCCUCGGAUGCCGCCACGGCCUCCUACUCGUCUUCCUUCCGGGGAUUCUCGAGGUCCUUGUGUGGGACCCCGUCACCGGCGACCGGCACAGGGUGGCCGUUCCCCCGGUGGUUGCGGAACGUGCGGCGAAGAUUGGGGUCGGCGGGGCGGUGUAUCGCCCUCCCGGAGAUGUCCAGCAUUUCCAGGUGGUCUUGGCGGUGACAGACGACCACGGCGCACAACCUAGACGAGCGCUCGCCUGUGGUUACUCGUCAAAGACCGGCGUAUGGGGAAGUCUCAUCUCGACACCGCUCCCAUACCAGGGUCAUGGAUCCCAGUUUUCCGCCAUCGUUUGUGCCGAGGAUGCGGUGCUGGCUGGAGAUUCCCUCUACUGGCCGCUUGCCGGGAAAUUGAAUGGAAUUCUCGAGUUUGAUCUGGAGAAGCAGAGGCUGGCUGUGAUACGGGUGCCAGUGGAUAUGUGGGGCAAGCGGGAGCGGAAUGGCUUCAAGCUUGUGCGGGCAGAGGGUGGUGUGCUAGGUUUCCUCUUCAUAUCGCACUCAGACUGCUGCGCCGCCCAGUUAUGGAAGAGGAUAACUGGUUGUGACGGUGUUGCUUCAUGGGUGCUUGCAAGAACUAUUCAGCUGGACAAGCUACUUUCCCUGAAACCUGAGGAGAAAGGGGGCAUAGAGAUGGUAGGGUUUGCUCAAGACAAUUAUGUGUUGUUGUUGCGGACAGUUAUCGGCCUCUUCAUGAUCCAUCUUGAGUCACUGAAGUUCAAGAAGCUUUCCAACACUACGACCGUGUCUCGCUAUUUUCCAUUCGAAAGUGUCUACACUGCAGUAACAGGCAUUGGUGGUAGAAAUGAUGCAUCUGAUGUUAAUGCACAAUAAAUAAGGCGAUUGCCUGUUUAAAUACUCUGUUCUGAUGUACUGGCAGAGCAGGUUACAUUCUGGUGACUGAAAUGAAGGAAUGGGUUGUUUGCUGUAGUGUCUACUAUUUUGUAUGUUUGACGCGCAGAUUGGCUCUCUAUGUAGCAUGCACCGGUCAGCUGUGAAGUCCAUUUGUAGGAAUCAAUUGCUUAAUUUGACAAUUUAUACGCUCUUCAUGAAGGGAACAUUGACUUGCUUCGUUUAAUUAGUACUCUGUACUUCA